AUGGCAUCGACUAAAAAAUGUGUAUUCCUUGGAGAUGGAACAGUCGGGAAGACAUGUAUUCUAAUGCUUCGAUCUGAGGGCAAAUUCCCACAAAUUUAUGAUAAUUAUGUGGCAGACACUACUAUCUCCGGUGAAAAAGUUACAUUUUCGUUUAUUGAUACUGCUGGUCAGGAAGGAUUUGACAAUAUUCUUUAUCGAAGCAUUGAUGCUGCGGAUGUACUUAUAAUAUGCUUUGCAAUUGAUAAUGUAACUUCUUUCGAAAAUGUUGAAUUGAGGUGGGUUAAAUUACUUCGAGAUCGUCAUAAGUCUGCACCAAUUAUUCUUGUCGGGUGCAAAUCCGAUGCUCGGUAUACUGGAAGAGAUACAAUUACCUAUAAGCAAGGCCGGAAAUUGGCAGCCAAAAUCAAGGCAGAGAAUUAUUUAGAAUGCUCUGCUUUGCAAAAUUCUGGUGUCAAACAGCAAUUUGAAAAUGUUUUCACGAUUGGUGCAGGCCCAGAUGGAGAGAGUAAGUAG